AUGUCCACGCCGGCCAGACGCAGAUUGAUGAGAGAUUUUAAAAAGCUGCAAGAAGAUCCUCCGGCCGGCGUUAGUGGAGCCCCCACUGAUAACAAUAUUAUGAAAUGGCAUGCUGUCAUCUUUGGUCCCCAUGACACUCCAUUUGAAGAUGGAACAUUCAGACUGACGAUUUCCUUCACAGAAGACUACCCCAAUAAACCACCAACCGUUCAAUUCAUUUCAAAGAUGUUCCAUCCCAAUGUGUAUGCAGAUGGCAGCAUUUGCCUGGAUCUCUUGCAAAAUAGAUGGAGUCCAACAUAUGACGUUGCGGCCAUUUUAACUUCCAUUCAAUCACUUCUCGACGAACCAAAUCCCAACAGUCCGGCAAACAAUACCGCCGCCCAACUAUACCAAAGUAACAGGAGGGAAUAUGAAAAGAUGGUAGCUAUUGUUGUCGAAGAAAGCUGGGUCCACAGAUGA